AUGCCGUCCUCAUCAAAGAGCAUCGAUACGAACCUCUCUCAAAUCAACAUCGACGAAUCAAGCAACUGCAUCCACCUCGCCCGCGAAAAUAAACCCGACCCCCACGAUUACUACAUGUACCUCCUCCGCGCCGAACAAGGCCGAGACAAAGACACCCGACGCUCAUCCCUCCUAGCCCAAAAAGCCACGGCCAAGAAGAACACCUUCAGCUUCAGCUUCGAGCCACUGCCCUACGAGAUACUCUGGGAAGCCGAUUUCCUAACCCACUUCAAAGCCCACCCAAAACGAAUCGUCAUAUUCCAAGUCCUCCCAAUCCCGGACACCAGACCCUUCCGCGAAAAGAAACUCGUCCUCGGCUUCAAUUUUGCAACAAAUGAACUUCUCGGCUACACCCUCGAACCAACCAACCUUCCCAUUGAAGAAAUACACGCACAUCCCAAUAUAUGGCGUGAAUGUCGCGACUCACAAGCGCUAACGAAGAGCUGGCCCCACCGCGUCAAAGUAAUAACCAUUUCCACAACCCGCUUCCAAGAAAUGAUCGAGUUCACUACGGAAUAUUUCGGCGAAUUCGGCGGCGAUAUGGUUCGGGAUGGAAUUUUGCACUUCUUUAAGGAAACUUCUACGCCUAUGCACGGGAGUCUGGAUCUGGUUGUUGUUAUUCAGUUGGCACAGUUCCUUGCUGACUUUGUGCAUUUGCUUGAAGAUGAUUGGGAGCAGGCGAGAGCGUUGUUGGAGAAGUAUGAUGCUUUUCACGAGUUUUUGCGAGACUUGUUGCUGAGGACUUCGGUUGAUGUGUGGCUUACUUCUUAUGGGCUUUUGAAGGUUGGGAUGGGGAAGGGUGUUGUGUCCGAGGAGGAGAGGGAAAGAAUUCAGCUUUUGAUUGAGGAGAAGGUUAGGGAGCAGAAUAAGCAGGAAAGCCGGGACCAGGGCCGGAGUCGAAGUCGCAGUCGCAGUCGGAAUCAUCAGCAGCCGUACAUACAGGACGCCGAACGUGAAAAAAAUACCGCACAGCAAUACUUGCAACAGGGUGUGUAUUUACAGGAUGCUACGCGAGGACGUGGGCUGAGCGAUAUUUACCCUACGCCCGCUGGUGAUGGCAGGGGGCAACAGGACGUGGGCAUGGUUUCUGAGUUUCAGCAUGGGCUGUAUGCGACGACAUAUGAAUGGCAUUGGUAUCCGUGGUUUAUUCUUGCGGUCGUUUUCAUUGUUUGCGCUUGGCUCUUUGGAAAUCAGAUGUACUGGCAUUUUGUGGCUUUCAUGGCCUGUCUUUUUGUUCUGUGUUUUGUUGUGACCACCGGGGACGAGAAUAAUUCAUUCCUCACCCUCCUCGCGAACAUAUUAUUUCUUCCCAGUAUUUAUGCUUGGAUGUCCGAUCUUGUGGGUCGAUGGGACCUUUGGUACCUUGAUAUCUUAGCUGCAUUGGCUGCUAUGGAGCUGCUCAUCUAUGGACAGCGGGAGCUUCUCGUCGAAGAGGCGCUUCUAUGGGUCACGAUACGGGUCGUCAUACUUAUAUGUCGACGAAGAGGUGUUGAUAUCGACUCUCUGUUUCGGCCAGGGUGGAUGGGUCGGGUAUGGAGAUGGGUGGUUGACUGUCUUCCUUAUUGGUUAUUCGAUUCGACUGUGCACUGGUCUAAGUGGUAUACCCUAGGGCUGGAUUGCACGUGGGUCCUUUCCAGUCUUUAUUUCAUGUACACAGAGGAUUACACUCCUCUUGCUCGAGGGGUGCUUCUUUGGUGUGUUCUGCGGUAUUUGGUUGCCACAUUGGAGGAUUGGAAGGACCGGUACCUUGAGUUUCUUCUGCCAUAUUUGGAGGAGUAUAUUGCCAUCCUGUAUCUACCAUAUGGAUUCCUUGUUCUCUGGGCAAUCGUACAGCAGCAGUUCAAGUUACCUAUGUCCGGACUCUCGCUAAUGGUUGUAGUACAUUGGGUGGCGUCGCGGAUAUGGAAGUUGGCUCAAAGGGGACACAAGGCCAAGGCCAUUUCGAUCUGGAUAUUCGUCGCGUGGAGAGCAUGCCGAGUCGGAUAUUCCGGUUUCGGACUCGAGGCAGACUAUUUUGCGCUCGCUGUGUUUGCGCGAUGGAUUUCGCGUGUCAGGGUGAAGGACGGGUAUAAUUUUGUGUUUCUCUUCUUUGGCAUCGUUCUUGUUUGGAGGGUCUACGCUGCCAUGAUUGAGACCAUGAUGAUGCCCGUGGAUAUUCUGGUGUUUUUCUGCAUGGAUUGGUUAUCUGUUACAUUGAUGGAAUGGGGUGCAUCCCCGGUGAGAAAGAAUUCGUCAAAGUCGAGCCCUUGGAAUGAGCACCUUUUGGAUAUCCAUAGUACACCAACCACCCUUAGGAGGGUCACCAGUUGGGGCGAGGAGAGAGCUGAUUAG